AUGGGAGAAAAUAACAAUGUCACAGAAUUUGUCCUCCUGGGCCUCACCCAGGAUCCUGAUGGACAAAAGGCAUUAUUUGCCAUGUUUUUACUCAUCUACAUUGUGACAAUGGUGGGCAACCUGCUCAUUGUGGUGACUGUCAUUGCCAGCUCCUCUUUGGGCUCCCCCAUGUACAUCUUCCUUGCCUAUCUGUCACUCAUGGACGCUCUUUAUUCCAGUGCUAUCUCACCCAAGCUGAUUACAGACUUACUCUGUGAUAUAAAGACGAUUUCCUUCCCAGCAUGCAUGGGCCAGCUCUUCAUAGAACACCUGUUUGGGGGGGCUGAAGUCUUCCUUCUGGUGGUGAUGGCCUAUGAUCGCUAUGUGGCCAUCUGUAAGCCACUGCACUACUUGAGCAUUAUGAAUCGAAGUGUUUGCAUUCUCCUGUUGGUGGUGGCCUGGGCGGGAGGUUUUGUACACUCUGUGGUUCAGCUUGCCUUUGUGUACAAUCUCCCCUUCUGUGGUCCCAAUGUCAUUGACCACUUCAUCUGUGACAUGUACCCAUUAUUGGAACUUGCAUGCACUGACACCUACUUUAUAGGCCUCACUGUGGUUGCCAAUGGUGGAGCAAUCUGUAUUGUCAUUUUUAUCCUUCUCCUAAUCUCCUAUGGAUUCAUUCUAAACUCCCUUAAAACCUACAGCCUGGAAGGGAGGCGCAAAGCCCUGUCCACCUGCAUCUCCCACAUCACAGUGGUCUUCCUCUUUUUUGUUCCCUGUAUUUUCAUGUACGCUAGACCUGUUUCCAACUUUUCCAUUGAUAAAUCAGUGACUAUAGUUUAUACUGUUAUCACUCCCAUGUUGAAUCCUUUAAUAUAUACUUUAAGAAAUGGAGAGAUAAAAAAUGCUAUGAAAAAACUCUGGUGUAAAAAGUUAACUACAGGUGGAAUAAGAAUGCUCCCUGCUCAACAUGAUGCUAAUUCUAACAUAACAAACAGGCAGUAA